AUGAAGGUUGCCCAGUUUAUCGCCAUCUUGGCCAUGGCCACAGCUAGUCUGGCAACUCCAACUCCCGCCAAACGUGAAGCUAAUGUUGACAUCGAAAGCUAUCCUUAUGACUUUGGGUUCUUGGAGGAGAAGAGGGCACCAGCUGAGGAAAAGCGUGCCGUCGAUAUUGAGUCUUACCCCUAUGACUUCGGCUUCUUGAGCGAGGAGAAGGGUGAUGCAGCAGAAAAGCGUGCCGUUGAUAUUGAGUCUUAUCCCUAUGACUUUGGCUUCCUGAGCGAAGAGAAACGCGACGCCCCAGAAAAGCGUGCAGUCGAUAUUGAGUCUUACCCCUAUGACUUUGGCUUCUUGGCCGAGGAAGAGUAG